AUGGGGAUGGUCUUCAGCACCACGGGGCUCUACGGGGCCUUCAUCAGGAGCCUGGACAGCCUCCAGGGGCGGCCGCGGGGGUCUCCGCCGCCCCCCCUGCCCAUCGCCGCCGUCAUCCUGAGCCUGCGGGACCUGAUCGGGUACCUGGAGCCGCCGCCCGCCGAGCUGCGCCACGAGCAGCGCCAGGCCCGGCUGCGGGCGCUGCGGGCCCGCCAGAGCCUCUUCCAGCAGGAGGUGCUUAAAGGGUUAAACUCGGGCUUAAAGGGUGAAACUCGGGGUGGAAGGGUUAAAGUCGGGGUUCAAAACCUUCUGGGGGCCAUGGGGAUGGUCUUCAGCACCACGGGGCUCUACGGGGCCUUCAUCAGGAGCCUGGACAGCCUCCAGGGGCGGCCGCGGGGGUCUCCGCCGCCCCCCCUGCCCAUCGCCGCCGUCAUCCUGAGCCUGCGGGACCUGAUCGGGUACCUGGAGCCGCCGCCCGCCGAGCUGCGCCACGAGCAGCGCCAGGCCCGGCUGCGGGCGCUGCGGGCCCGCCAGAGCCUCUUCCAGCAGGAGGUGCUUAAAGGGUUAAACUCGGGCUUAAAGGCCUCGCUGAUCCGGGGGAACCGCGCCAACUGCGCGCUCUUCUCCACCAACCUGGACUGGCUGGUCAGCAAGCUGGACCGGCUGGAGGCCUCCUCCGGCAUCCUGGAGGUGCUGUACUGCGUGCUGAUCGAGAGCCCCGAGGUGCUGAACAUCAUCCAGGAGAACCACAUCAAGUCCAUCAUCUCCCUGCUCGACAAGCACGGCCGCAACCACAAGGUGCUGGACGUGCUGUGCUCGCUGUGCGUCUGCAACGCGGUGGCCGUGCGCUCCAACCAGAACCUGAUCACCGAGAACCUGCUGCCACGCCGCAACCUGCUGCUGCAGACCGGCAUGGUCAACUACGUCACCAGCGUGCGCCCCAACCUGUUUGUGGGGACGGCGCCGGGCUCGACGCAGUUCCGCUGCUGGUACUUCGAGGUGGCCGUGGAGCGGGCGCGGCCCUUCGUCACCGCCGUGCCCACCCACCUGCGCGUGGGCUGGGGGGCGGCCGGGGGCUUCCGGCCCGCCCCGGGCGGGGGCGCGGGCUGGGGGGGCAACGGCGCCGGCGACGACCUCAACUCCUUCGCCUUCGACGGCCUCCACCUGUGGACAGGGGGUGUCCCCAAGGCCGUGGCGUCCCCCCAGCACCGGGCUCUGGCCGAAGGGGACGUGGUCAGCUGCUGCCUGGACCUGGGGGUCAGGGUUGGGUACACCAUGUCCAACGGGUACAAGCCGGCGCCGCUGGACCUGUCGCACGUGCGCCUCACGCCGGCCCAGCUGACCCUGGUGGAUCGCCUGGCCGAGAACGGCCACAACGUCUGGGCCCGGGACAGGGUCCAGCAGGGCUGGACCUACAGCACCACCCAGGACAUCAAGAACAAGCGGAACCCGCGGCUGGUCCCCUACAACCUGCUGGACGAGGGGACCAAGGCCACCAACCGCGAGAGCCUGUGCCAGGCCGUGCGGACCCUGCUGGGCUACGGCUACAACAUCGAGCCCCCCGACCAGGAGACGCCCUCGCAGGGCUCGGCUCCCGGGGGUCCCCGCGCCCCCCGGCCGCGGCUGUUCCGGGCGGAGCGCGGCUCGGCCGUGCGCAGCGGCCGCUGGUACUUCGAGUUCCAGGCGGUGACGGCCGGCGAGAUGCGCGUGGGCUGGGCCCGGCCCGGGCUGCGCCCCGACACCGAGCUGGGCGCCGACGACAUGGCCUUCGUCUUCAACGGGCACCGUCUGGCAGUUAAGGGGUGUAUGGGGUUCCCCGGAUGUUGGGGGUUCCCUGGGGGUCCCCAAAGUGGGGUGACCCCCCCGGUGCCCCCCAGGUUCCUGUUCAAGGGGCGGAAGACGCCGUUCGCGCCCCCCCCCGCGCCCCCUCCCGUGCCCCGGCUGGAGGAGGACGUGGUGCCCGACGAGCGCGACGACCCCGAGGUCAUCAUGAACACCACCACGUACUACUACUCGGUGCGGCUGUUUGUGGGGCAGGAGCCGGGCAGUGCCUGGGUGGGCUGGGUCACCUGCGUGCGCAGCGUCACCGUCACCAUGGGCGACGACCGCGGCAACGUGCACGACAGCAUCAAGCGCAGCAACUGCUACAUGGUGUGGGGGGGGGAGUUUGCGACCCCCACCCAGCAGGCCAGGGUGUCCCACACUGACCUGGUCAUCGGCUGCCUGGUGGACCUGGCCACGGGGCUCAUGACCUUCACGGCCAACGGCAAAGAGAUCAACACCUUCUUCCAGGUGGAGCCCAACACCAAACUGUUCCCGGCCGUGUUCGUGCAGCCCACCACCCAAAACGUGCUCCAGUUCGAGCUGGGCAAGCUCAAGGUGAGGGCUGGGACCCUCCCCAGGUGCAUCGACAUCCUGGAGCUGUGGGAGCGCGAGGAGCUGCUGCAGUUCCAGUGCCACACGCUGCGGCUGUACUGCGCCGUGUGCGCGCUGGGCAACAACCGCGUGGCCCACGCGCUCUGCAGCCACGUGGACCAGGCCCAGCUGCUCUUCGCCAUCGAGAGCCCCGAGCUGCCGGGCCCGCUGCGGGCCGGCUACUACGACCUGCUGCUGGCCAUGCACCUGGACGCGGCGCAGCGCGCCCGCUCCUCCAUGAGCGCCGAGUUCAUCGUGCCCAUCACCGAGGCCACGCGCGCCAUCGCGCUCUUCCCCGACGGCGGCCGCUGCCCGGGACCCCCGGGCGUGGGGCCCAGCGUCUGCCUGAGACCCCAGCCCCAUUUCUCGGAGCCCUGCUUCAUCCGCGCGGCGGGCGGCGACGGGCGGGCGCCGCUCAGCCCGGCCAUCCCGCUGGACGAGCUGGGCGCCAAGGCCAUGCGCAUGCUGGCCGAGGCGGUGGCGGGCGGGGGUCCCCACGCCCGGGACCCCGUGGGGGGAAGCGUGGAGUUCCAGUUGGUGCCCGUGCUCAAGCUGGUGUCGGCGCUGCUGGCGGUGGGAGCGCUGGGCGACGGCGACGUGCGCCGCGUGCUCCGCAUGAUCGAGCCACGCGUCUUCGGGGACGCGCGCGGCGACGGCGAGGGACGGCGGGAGGAAGGGCAGGAGGAGGAGGAGGAGGAGGAGGGCGUGAAGGCCAUCGAGGCUGGCGAGGAGGAGGAGGAGGAGGAGGAUGAGGAGGCGAGGAGGAAAAAGGCUAUGGAGGCUGGAGAGCUGGAGGAGGAGGAGGAGGAGGAGGAAGAAGAGGAGGAGGAAGAGAAGGAGGAAGAGCUGGAGGAGGGGCUGCUGCAGAUGAAGCUGCCAGAGUCGGUCAAGCUGCAGAUGUGCCACCUGCUGCAGCACCUGUGCGAGCGGGAGCUGCAGCACCGCGUGGAGGCCAUCGUGCGCUACGGCCGCCUGAUGCGGGCGCUGACCAUGUCGGCCGCGGAGACCGCCCGGCGCACCCGCGAGUUCCGCUCGCCCCCGCAGGAGCAGAUCAACAUGCUGAUGCAGUACAAGGGAGCCGAGGAUCCCUCCCCGUGUUCCCCAGGCGUGGAGCUGACCGAGGAGGAAGAGGAGGAGGAGGAGGAGACGUCGCUGCGGCAGCGGCUGCUGGGGCUGGUGCAGAAGGUGGUGGGGGUCCGCGGGCCCCCCAAGGAGGAGGAGACCCCCCCUGAGGAGCCCCCGGUGCCCAGCACGCUGCAGGAGCUGAUCUCGCAGACCAUGGUGCACUGGGCGCAGGAGGAGAGGAGGCCGUUCGGCCCCGAGGAGCCCCCCGAGGAGAACCGGGUGCACCUGGGCCACGCCAUCAUGUCCUUCUACGCCGCCCUCAUCGACCUGCUGGGCCGCUGCGCCCCCGAGAUGCACCUGAUCCAGGCGGGGAAGGGGGAGGCCCUGCGGAUCCGGGCCAUCCUGCGCUCGCUCGUCCCGCUCGAGGACCUGGUGGGGAUCAUCAGCCUCCCCCUGCAGAUCCCGGCGCUGGGAAAAGACGGGAACGUGGUGGAGCCCCGCAUGGCCGCCAGCUUCGUCCCCGAGCACAAGGCGCCCAUGGUGCUGUUCCUGGACCGCGUUUAUGGGGUGCAGAGCCAGGAGUUCCUGCUCCACGUGCUGGAAGUGGGGUUCCUGCCCGACAUGCGCGCGGCCGCCUCGCUGGACACGGCGACGUUCAGCACGACGGAGAUGGCGCUGGCGCUGAACCGGUACCUGUGCCUGGCGGUGAUGCCGCUCAUCACCAAGUGCGCGCCGCUCUUCGCGGGCACCGAGCACCGCGCCAUCAUGGUGGACUCCAUGCUGCACACCAUCUACCGCCUGUCGCGCGGCCGCGCCCUCACCAAGGCCCAGCGCGACGCCAUCGAGGAGUGCCUCAUGGCCCUCUGCAGGUACAUCCGCCCCUCGAUGCUGCAGCACCUCCUGCGCCGCCUGGUCUUCGACGUCCCCAUCCUCAACGAGUUCGCCAAGAUGCCCCUCAAGCUGCUGACCAACCACUACGAACGCUGCUGGCGCUACUACUGCCUGCCCAGCGGGUGGCCCAACAUGGGCGUCAGCUCCGAGGAGGAGCUGCACCUCACCAGGAAACUCUUCUGGGGCAUCUUCGACUCCCUGGCGCACAAGAAGUUCGAGGCCGAGCUCUACAAGCUGGCCAUGCCGUGCCUCUGCGCCAUCGCCGGCGCGCUCCCGCCCGACUACGUGGACGCCAGCUACUCGUCCCGCACCGAGAAGAAGGCCUCGGUGGACGCCGAGGGCAACUUCGACCCCAAACCCGUCGAGACCCUCAACCCCCAGCCCCUCCCCUCCUCCUCCCCACAGACCCCCCAAAAUCGGGGGGAUUUUGGGGUCCCCCCUGACCCCAAGCCCCCCGAGAUUUUGGGGUGCCCCCUGACCCCCCGUGACCCCCAGGACAAGGAGAUUUACCGCUGGCCCAUCAAGGAGUCCCUCAAGGCCAUGCUGGCCUGGGAGUGGACGGUGGAGAAGGCGCGCGAGGGGGAGGACGAGCGCGCCGAGAAGAAGAAAACCCGGAAAAUCUCCCAGAACGCCCAGGCCACCUACGACCCCUCGCACGGGUACAGCCCCCAGCCCGUGGACCUGAGCGGGGUCACCCUGUCCCGGGAGCUGCAGGCCGUGGUCAGCAGCGGGCGGGUGGAGAAAUCCCCCCACGAGCAGGAGAUCAAGUUCUUCGCCAAGGUCAGGGGGACCCCAAAAACGGGGGCAGAACCCCCCAAAAACGGGGGCAGAACCCCCCAAAAACGGGGAUUGGAUGACGUGCAGGUCUCCUGUUACCGCAUCCUGUGCAGCAUCUACAGCCUGGGCACCGCCCGCGGGCCCCUCGUGGACAGGCAGCGGCCGGCCCUGGGCGAGUGCCUGGCCCGCCUGGCCGCCGCCAUGCCCGUGGCCUUCCUGGAGCCGCAGCUGAACCACCUGAACCCCAGCUCCGUGUACAGCACCAAGAGCGCCCGCGAGCGCGCCCUGCUGGGUCUCCCGUCGCGGGUGGAGGAGCUGUGCCCGGACCUGCCGGACCUGGAGCGGCUGAUGGGGGACAUCGGGGGCCUGGCGGACUCGGGCGCGCGCUACACGGAGAUGCCGCACGUCAUCGAGGUGACGCUGCCCAUGCUGUGCCACUACCUGCCCCGCUGGUGGGAGCGCGGCCCCGACGCCGCCCCCCAGGGCCCCUGGGCCACCGACGGGUAUUUUGAUGGUCCCGGGGUGGUCCCAGGGGUUUUUUGGUGGUCCCGGGGGCCGUUUUGGUGGUCCCGGGGCUCACGGUGGCCACGGUUGCCCGUCGCAGUGUUCGCCCAGCCCAUCGUGAGCAAGGCGCGGCCGGAGCUGCUGCGCUCGCACUUCAUCCCCACGCUGGGGCGGCUGCGGAAGCGCGCGGGGAAGGUGGUGGCCGAGGAGGAGCAGCUGCGGCUCGAGGGCAAGGCCGAGGGCGAGGACGCGGAGCUGCUGAUCCGCGACGAGUUCUCGGUGCUCUGGUGGCCUUGGGGAUACAACCACAGUGGCCAUGGGGACCCAACCAUGGUGGCCACGGAGGUGGUGACCCUGCUCACCAACACCGGUGACCCACCGUCCCCCUGUGACCCCCGGUGUCCCCGCAGGGCCAAGUGGCUGACGGAGCCCAACGAGGACGCGGAGGAGCUGUUCCGCAUGGUGGGCGAGGUCUUCAUCUACUGGUCCAAGUCUCACAACUUCAAGCGUGAGGAGCAGAACUUCGUGGUGCAGAACGAGAUCAACAACAUGUCCUUCCUGACGGCCGACAGCAAGAGCAAGAUGGCCAAGUCUGGAGAUGGACAGGGCGGUGGCUCGGAGCAGGAGCGCUCCAAGAAGCGGCGCCGCGGCGAUCGCUACUCGGUGCACACCUCGCUCAUCGUGGCCACGCUCAAGAAGAUGCUGCCCAUCGGCCUCAACAUGUGCUCGCCCGCCGACCAGGAGCUGAUCACGCUGGCCAAGGGCCGCUACGCCCUGAAGGACACGGACGAGGAGGUUCGGGAGUUCCUGCACAACAACCUGCACCUGCAGGACAAGGUGGAGAACACGGGCUCGGCGCACUGGCAGAUGGCCCUGGUGCUGUCCCCACUCAAUGUCCCCAAUGUCCCCAAUAAGUCGGGGCGCGAGGAGGAGGAGGAGGAGGAGGAGGCGGAGGCGCGGCCGGACCCGCUGCACCAGCUGAUCCUGCACUUCAGCCGCACGGCGCUCACCGAGCAGAGCCACCUGGAGCAGGAUCACCUGUACAUGGCCUACGCCGGGAUCAUGGCCAAGGUGAGCACCCCAAAACCCAGCACGGCCGAGAUGGUGCUGCAGAUGAUCAGCGCCUGCAAGGGUGAGCGGGGGGCCAUGGUCUCCUCCACCCUCAAGUUGGGCAUCUCCAUCCUCAACGGGGGCAACGCCGACGUGCAGCAGAAGAUGCUCGAGUACCUCAAGGCCAAGCGCGAGGUCGGCUUCUUCCAGAGCGUGCAGGCGCUGAUGCAAACCUGCAGGGUGUCCCCAUGCCACUCUGUGGUGUCCCCGUGCCAGUCUCUGGUGUCACCGUGCCACCUCAGAUUGUCCCCGUGCCACCCUGCGGUGUCCCCGUGCCGCCCGUGGCCCGCGGUGACCCCGCUGUCCCCGUGUCCCCCCCGUGUCCCCCCAGGGGAGAAGGUGAUGUCGGACGAUGAAUUCACCCAGGACCUGUUCCGGCUGCUGCAGCUGCUCUGCGAGGGCCACAACAACGACCCACUUUGUACCCCUCCAAACCUCCCAAUGGAGGUGCUCAACAGCCUCACCGAGUACAUCCAGGGCCCCUGCACCGGGAACCAGCAGAGCCUGGCCCACAGCCGCCUCUGGGACGCCGUCGUCGGCUUCCUGCACGUCUUCGCGCACAUGAUGAAGAAGCUGGCCCAGGACUCGUCCCAGCUGGGGCUGCUGAAGGAGCUGCUGGACCUGCAGAAGGACAUGGUGGUCAUGCUGCUGUCCCUGCUCGAAGGGAACGUGGUGAACGGCACCAUCGCCCGGCAGAUGGUGGACAUGCUGGUGGAGUCCUCCAGCAACGUCACCAUGAUCCUCAAGUUCUUCGACAUGUUCCUGAAGCUGCGCGACAUCGUCUCGUCCGACGCCUUCCGCCACUUCGUCACCGACCCGCGCGGGCUCAUCUCCAAGAAGGACUUCCAGAAGGCCAUGGACAGCCAGAAGCAGUACGAGCCCGACGAGAUCCAGUUCCUGCUCUCCUGCUCCGAGGCCGACGAGAACGAGAUGAUCGACGUGGAGAGCUUCGCCCAGCGCUUCCAGGAGCCGGCGCGCGACAUCGGCUUCAACGUGGCCGUGCUGCUGACCAACCUGUCGGAGCACGUGCCGCACGACCAGCGCCUCAAGACCUUCCUGGAGCAGGCCGAGAGCAUCCUGGAUUAUUUCCGACCCUUCCUGGGCCGCAUCGAGAUCAUGGGGGCGGCGCGGCGCAUCGAGCGCAUCUACUUCGAGAUCAGCGGCGCCAACAAGGCGCAGUGGGAGAUGCCACAGGUCAAGGAGUCCAAGCGCCAGUUCAUCUUCGACGUGGUCAACGAGGGCGGCGAGGCCGAGAAGAUGGAGCUCUUCGUCAACUUCUGCGAGGACACCAUCUUCGAGAUGCAGAUCGCCUCGCGCAUCUCCGAGGAGGAGGCGCCGCGCGACGAGGAGGAGGAGGAGGACGAGGACAGGGAGGAAGAGGAGCCGGCCGAGGCGCCGGCGCCGGCUCUGCUGGGUUUCGGGGCGCUGCGGCGGCUGCUGGGGUCCCCGCAGACGUGGCGCCGCAGGAUCAGGAGGCUGCGCAAGAAGUCGGGGCGCGAGCUGGCGUGGGAGGCGGGCGCGGGCGCGGGGCGCGUGGCGCUGGGCGGCGUGCUGGGGGGACUGGGGGUGCUGGGGGCCGUGGGGCGCCUGGCCUGGAGCUCGCUCUUCGGCGGGGGGCUGGUGGAGGGGGCGCAGCGCCUGGGGGUCAUCGAGGUGCUGGGCUCCAUGCCCGACCCCACCCAGGACGCCGUGGGUGGCGGCGAGGCCGGGGCGGGCGACGAGGGGGGACCCCCGGAGCCGGAGCAGCCCCCCGAGGCGCAGCUGGAGGCGCCCCCGGCCGAGGAGGAGGAGGAGGAGGAGCGGCGGGAGGUGAAGGCGGUGCCGGCGGGGCCGGGGGCACGCAAGGACCCCCAUUUCAGGCUGGCGGCCCCCGACGCCCCCGGGGGGCUCGGGGACAUCGGGGAGCCCCCCGGGGCUGAGCCCCCCACGCCCGAGGGGACCCCCAUCCUGCACAGGAAGAUCGGGGAGAUGGCGGAGCAGGCGGGGGAAGGACAGAAGGAAGAGGAGCCCCCGGCCGAGACCGAGAAAGCCGACACGGAGAACGGCGAGAAGGGCGGGGGUCCCGAGGGGCCCGAGGAGGAGCCCCGCGCCCCCCCGAAGCGGCGCAAGUCGGUGCCCCGGGAGCGCCGGGAGCCCCCGGCCGAGGGCGGCUUCGACUUCUGGGGAGAGCUGGAGGUGCAGAGGGUCAAAUUCCUGAAUUACCUGUCGAGGAACUUCUACAACCUGCGGUUCCUGGCGCUGUUCCUGGCCUUCGCCAUCAACUUCAUCCUCCUCUUCUACAAGGUGUCCGAGCACCCCCCGGGCGCCCCGGAGGAGCCCGAGGGCUCCGGGGCGGCCCCCGAGGAGGACGGGGCCGUGCCGGGAGGCGCGGAGGCGGCGGGGGGGGUCCCGGAGGAGCCCGAGGUUUAUUAUUUCCUGGAGGAGAGCACGGGCUACAUGGGCCCGGCCCUGCGCGGGCUNCAAUACCCCGUUGUGGGGGGAGUCUGCCUGUGACCCCCCCGGUGUCCCCAGAUCCCCCUGGUGAUCUUCAAGAGGGAGAAGGAGGUGGCGCGGCGCCUCGAGUUCUCGGGGCUCUACAUCACCGAGCAGCCGCCGGACGACGACGUCAAGGGACAGUGGGACCGCCUGGUGCUCAACGCCCA